AUGACUCAAGCUGCAGCUAAGAUGGAGAGAAAAGAAGAGAAUAAGAGCUUCACUGAUGUCAUGGACUAUGACCCCGACACUGGAAACUGCACCCUCUCUUUCACUGAUGAGCCCCGCCUUUUACCGAACAGCGACUGGCAAAAUGUCCCAUUUGCCCACAAUAGAAGCAUCGUCCUUCACGAAUACGACGCUGUCUCUCCGCUGGAGUCAGGUGAGUACGACCAAGUUGCAUGGGUUCUUCGGGUGGGUCAGACGACUCAGAGCCAGAGAGAGGCAGAGACGGCCCAGAGGAAGCGUACCAGGAUGGAACAGAGGUGGCGCCUGGAUUACCUCGACGGUCUGGGUUGA